AUGUCCUUGUCUCAGUGUAGCGACGAGAUGACUCUGCUAGAGAUUGAGCGCAAGUUUGCUUUCCACCCAGCACUGCUCAGUCAGUUCCGCCGCAACGGAGGCGCUCCCCCAUUUACCCAUCUUCAACACCUGGGAAGUCAGAAGUUCCACGACAUUUACUUCGAUGGCAAGAGGGACAUCCUGGCUAGGCAUGGCAUCUGGGUCCGCCAGCGCAACGGUGUCUGGCAGGCCAAGCAACGUGUUCAGAAUCACUGCGACAAGAAAGGCGAGCACACAGGAUCGUCCAGAGAGGACGUCUUCCUCCGCACCGUCUUCAACGAAAUAUCCUGCCCCCGUGAGAUUCACGCCCUCGUCACGCGCUACGUUCCCUCGGGCCUGUCCUUCCCCUCAGCAGAUUGCAAUUUCGGCCUUCAGCCAAUCGCCAACUUCACCACCUCCCGCGAGACCUUCCUCGCUGACGAGCGCUUCCACGUUGUCCUGGACGAGACCUGUUUCGGCCACCGUGUUGGUGAGGUCGAGUUACUGGCUGAACGGGGAGAGGAGCAGCAUGCGCAGCUGGAGAUUGAUCGAUUUAUGGAAAGAUAUCGCUGGUUCUUUCUUUCGUGUGGCAAUAAUUCCGUAAAAGGGAAAUUGUCGGCCCACUUUGAGAGGUUUCCUGUCAGCUUUUGA